AAUGGCUUUGGGGGAAAUAGUGUGGAAAAUAGCAACCGGUAUUACAUAGCCGUAUCCGUACUUAUUCCGUUCGCUUAAAUUUCUAUAACCUGGCGCCAAAUUUUCUUCUUCAUUUGAUUCACAACCCUAAUCAAGAUAAAACCCUUGCGACUUGCGAAUUGCGAAUUGCGAAUUGCGAAUUGUAUGAUUGGCAUAAAGCUACCUAUUUAGGGGUUUUCAGUGCGUACUGCCGAAUUCUGUAAUUUUGAUGGGAUGUCGAUCCAUUUUGAGGCGCGAGCUUGUGGCGGCGGGUGGUCGGAAAAGUAUGAUUGCAUUCCGUUGCGAUUACGACGGAAAAUGUUGCAUUCUGUUGAACAUCCAAAAGAAGAUGAUGGAUACCUUAAUGCAAAGACAAUAUGUGGUUACGUUGCUGGUAAUGUAAAUGGAAAGCAGCUGAUAGCGAUAGAAAAUUGUUCAAGCACAGCUUUGUGUACAAAUGCUUCAGAAGUACCAAUUCAUCAAUCUUCAGAUUCUGGUCAGAACAUAUUAUCUUCUGGUAACAGUUCUUCUGAUCAUUCUGUGGACUGUUCUGGAGAUUCUGAUCUGGAUAUAAAGUUUGAAAAUUCAUCCGUCUGCUCAAAUAAGUUGCCAGCCUCUAAAGCAAGAGCUGAAAAUGAGCAACUCAAUAAUCAUGUUGGUGUGUUUAGACAUCCAACGACAUCAGAUGUUCUGGACAAUGUUUUACAAGACCGCUUAAUGGGCUGCAGCAGUGCAAAUGGGCAAGUCAUUGAGGUAAAGCACGAGAAGUUAUAUGAGUUUGAUGAUGCUCUUGACAAUGUUCUAAUUAAAGAACGACGAAAAAUGCUAGCAUCAAGGAAACUCAUGCAAUCUCCCAGAUCACAUGUGGAGGUGAAGAAUAAUGGAGGGCUGUCCAACUUAUCUAAAAUUUCGCUGCGAAGUGCAAAAAGUAACUCCAUUCCGGAUGCACUGAUUGGCAAACAUUUAAACCUUAAAGUAAAUAGCAGUAAUGAUCUGUCUUCAGAAUUUGCAACUGAUGGAACAUCACAUACAGCUAACAGGUGUUCACGACCUUUACCUGUGUCUGCUAGUACACAGGAAACUGCUAUGAUGGAUGCCUGUCCCUUGGCAAGUUCAGUGUUACCAUCUCUUGCCAAAGUCAAAGAUGAGCCUCUUGAUAUAAACGAGUUAUGCAGUGAAGGAAAGAAUACUAUGCAAAACUCUGGUCAGACUCUAACUGUAAAAAAGGAGCCCGGGUUUUCUGAAUUUCUUGUGGAUGAGUUAGACCACUUGCCACUCGUGGAUCGAGUCAAGUUGCUAUCAUCUGGAAUACCAACCUCAGAUUUGUCUGGGAAUCCUGAGUUUUUCAAGGAAGAUGAGGCCUCAGCUUUGGAUUUUGGUAAUGCUGUCCUAGAAUCUGUCAAACCAAUUAGCAUCAGUCGGACUAGGAAGAAGAGAAGAACUGCAACUGACUCAGUUGAAACUGCAUUGGAGGAAGAUGCUCCUGGCCUUCUAAAGGUUUUGCUUGACAGAGGUGUAUCACCUGAAGAAAUUAAGUUAUAUGGAGAAGAAGAUACUGAUGAUAUACUUGAUGAUUCUCUCAGUGAAGAUCGUUUCACAGAGCUUGAAGCUGUAAUAUCACAGUUGUUUUCACAACGUCAAACAUUUCUUAAGUUUCCUCUUUUACGCUCAAAGGGUGAGAAAAUUAGCUACUGCUUGUCUUGUCUCUUCUCACUUGUGGAGCAGACGAGAUAUUUGCGAAAUAGGAAGUGGCCUGUUGAAUGGGGUUGGUGUCGGGAUCUUCAGUCUUUUAUAUUUGUCUUCCAACGACAUAACAGAAUUGUGUUGGAACGUCCAGAAUAUGGCUACGCGACAUACUUCUUUGAGCUGCUGAAUUCUGUUCCUGUGGCCUGGCAGGUCAAGCGCCUGGUGACUGCAAUGAAGCUUACAAACUGUGGCCGGAUCACCCUAUUAGAGAACAGACCACUAGUGGUUGGAGAAGACUUGAGCGAAGGGGAAGCACGAGUAUUGGCCGAAUAUGGAUGGACUCCAAACACUGGCUUGGGAACAAUGCUAAAUUAUAGUGACAGAGUGGUUCAUGAUAGGAAGCAGGAGUUGGAUAGCUCAGAAUGGAGGUUGAAGAUUGGAAAGCAGCUUAUGAAUGGGUACAAUGGUGGGAAUAUUGUGGCUAAAAAUCUUCCAAAGAGGUUGCUAACGGAGUAUCAAGAUUCACAUAACGUUCAAGUGAAGCUGGAGGAGUGAACUGUAUGGAUGUACCAAAUCUGUGUACAAAUAGUAUUUAAGCUUGAAGAAAUAGUCUUCGUAGCAAUAGGGGCUUAUAAUUCUACUCCGAUGAUUGUUAUGUACAAUAAAGUUGUUCCUGUGUAUAUAGCAUUUUAGACGUUAGAGUUGAAUAUAGGAUAGUUUCUAGUUUUUUUUUUUUUGUUUUUCCUUUCUUCUAGCAUGUGCUUUUUUAUAUUCAAAACCACCUUUUUCGUGGC